CGCCUCAGACCGCGCGCUCGCAGCUUCUCGCUCUCUCCGCCCGCCCUCCCGCUCCCUUGCUUGCUCGCGCUUUCCUCGCGGAUCGAAGAGACUCUGGCUACAGCUUGUGGCUGGGAAGGGAGACGGAGGCCGCAGCUCAGGGAAAGUGAAGCUGCAGUAGUGGUGGUAGGAAGAUGUCGGGCGAAGACGAGCAGCAGGAGCAAACUAUCGCCGAGGACCUGGUCGUGACCAAGUAUAAGAUGGGGGGCGACAUCGCCAACCGGGUACUUCGGUCUUUGGUGGACGCUGCCAGCUCAGGUGUGUCAGUGCUGAGCCUGUGUGAGAAAGGAGAUGCCAUGAUCAUGGACGAGACGGGGAAAAUCUUCAAGAAAGAGAAGGAAAUGAAGAAAGGUAUUGCCUUUCCUACCAGCAUUUCGGUAAAUAACUGUGUAUGUCACUUCUCCCCUCUGAAGAGUGACCAGGACUAUAUACUCAAGGAAGGUGACUUGGUGAAAAUUGACCUUGGAGUCCAUGUGGACGGAUUCAUUGCUAACGUGGCUCACACUUUUGUGAUUGGCGUAGCUCAGGGGACCCAGGUCACAGGGCGGAAAGCAGACGUCAUUAAGGCAGCUCAUCUUUGUGCUGAAGCUGCCUUACGACUGGUCAAACCUGGAAACCAGAACACACAAGUGACAGAAGCCUGGAACAAAGUUGCGCACUCAUUUAAUUGCACGCCAAUAGAAGGUAUGUUGUCACACCAACUGAAGCAGCACGUGAUUGACGGAGAGAAAACCAUCAUCCAGAAUCCUACAGACCAGCAGAAGAAAGACCAUGAAAAGGCUGAAUUUGAGGUACAUGAAGUUUAUGCUGUAGAUGUCCUCGUCAGCUCAGGAGAAGGCAAGGCCAAAGAUGCAGGACAGAGAACCACCAUUUACAAACGUGACCCCUCUAAACAGUACGGCCUGAAGAUGAAGACUUCACGUGCCUUUUUCAGCGAGGUGGAAAGGCGUUUUGAUGCCAUGCCAUUUACUUUAAGAGCAUUUGAAGAUGAGAAGAAGGCUCGGAUGGGUGUGGUAGAAUGUGCCAAGCAUGAAUUACUGCAGCCAUUUAAUGUUCUCUAUGAGAAGGAGGGUGAAUAUGUUGCCCAGUUUAAAUUUACAGUCCUACUCAUGCCCAAUGGCCCCAUGCGGAUAACCAGUGGUCCCUUCGAGCCUGACCUCUACAAGUCAGAGAUGGAAGUCCAGGAUGCAGAGCUAAAGGCUCUCCUCCAGAGUUCUGCAAGUCGAAAAACGCAGAAAAAGAAGAAAAAGAAGGCCUCCAAGACUGCAGAGAAUGCAACCAGUGGAGAGACAUUAGAAGAGAAUGAGGCUGGGGACUGAGGUGGGUCCCAUAUCCCCAGCUUGUCAUUCCUGCCUCCCCCUCCCACCGCACCCCAGGCUCUGCGAAGUGCAGUUCGUCUUUGUCACCCACGACCGCCAGCAGAGCGGGGUCUUCUGCCCUCAUCCCAGUCCCUCGCCCAUUCACCCACCCACUCCUUCCAACAAAAAACCAGCUCCAACUGACUCUGGUCUUGGGAGGCCAGGCUUCCCAGCCACUGAAGACUACUUUCAGUAGAAAAAGAAAUUGAUAAUAAAAUCAGGAGUCAAAAUGCA